CUGAUCAAUAUAUAAUGACUGGAUACUCUUUUCAACAUACUAUGCUUUGGGACGCGCUUAUUCUAAUCUCACAAACUAUUUAGGAUGGAUAGUAUGAACAUUGGGAAGCAGAGCAAGUGUGCUCGACUGCACACAUUUCUAACCAGCAUGCAUCUCAUCUCGCAGUGAUCACCGGUGAUUGGUUCUGCGCAGAUUUUGCUUAAACGGGCCUUCGAAUUUAAAGAUGUUCAAACUUUAUGUGACCAGGAAGUGCAGACUGAGUUUGAGCCCGCUUUUUGUAUCGAUGAUUUAUUUAGUAAAACGACAGACAGGAUGAUCAUUGAGGCCGGCGUUGCACUAGUUGUUGCUCUGGGAGCAUUCUGGACAUUCAGUGGGGAAAAGGAAGUCUGUAAUGAGAAGUGGAUCAACUUCAAUAAAUACGGGCUGAAGAAUGACCUCGAAACAAAGCUGUACGGGCAGCAUAUCGCUGCUGAGGUCAUCCUGAAAACCGUCACAGGCUUCAUGGAGAAUAAAAACCCAAAGAAACCGCUGGUUCUGUCCCUCCACGGCUGGACCGGGACCGGGAAGACCUUUGUUAGCCAGCUUAUAGCGGAAAAUAUUUACAAAAAAAAGAUGAAGUGCAGCUUUGUUCAUCUGUUUUCAGUGACAACACAUUUUCCUCUCAAGGCUCACAUUGACGAGUACAAGACGCAGUUACAGGAGUGGAUACGAGGGAAUGUCUCUAUCUGCCCACGUUCAAUGUUCAUCUUUGAUGAAAUGGAUAAAAUGCCCUUGGAGCUGAUCGACAGUAUAAAACCUUACCUGGAUUUCUCAGACAACCUGGACGGAGUGUCAUACAGACAGGCCAUCUUCAUCUUCCUCAGCAAUGCUGGGGGUAAGAUGAUCAAUGACGUGACUAUGAAAUUCUGGAGGGAUGGUAAAGAACGAGAGGAGAUCCAGCUGAAGGAUCUAGAGACGGUACUCUCACAGUCUGUCUUCAACAACGAAGACAGUGGUUUCUGGCACACUAGUUUAAUUGAUAAGAAACUGGUGGAUUUCUUCGUGCCGUUUCUUCCUCUGGAGUACAAGCACGUCAUUCAGUGUGGUUUGGGUGAAAUGGCCAGACAGGGUCUUACUCCAGAUAACAAUGUGAUUAAAAGAAUGGCUGAUGACCUAAUCUUCUUCCCUAAAGAGGAGCGCGUCUUCUCGGACCAGGGCUGUAAGCUCAUUGCUAACAAAUUGCACUUCUAUAUACCAUAACACACAGAAAAAGCAUCUCCAAUCUGUCACUCUUCAUCAUUUAAAUUAAAAAUGUAACACAAAACACACAGUAGACUUUACAGCAAGUGUUGUGCUAUGAUUGUUGAUGGUACACAUUUUUAGUCCUAUAGGACAACUUCAGUUACUGUAUUUACAGUAAAUGUCCAAACAUUUUUCAGAAUUUAAGUUUGAGAUCAUUCAGGUGGACAAUCAAGAUUAUUUUGAAUGAAACAGGAGCAUUGUUGACAUGGUGGUCCAGAACAACAUCACUAGACACAAAGAAAGAGGCCUGUGGAGAUGUUGAGACAGGAGCUUGUCAAGCAUGGAUUCAACCUUCUUACAUUUUUUCUCCUAUGAUGCAAGCGCAGCAAAUAUGUAGUGUAGAUAAAAUGCAAUGAAAUUCUCUUCCAGAUAUAAAUGAAAGGCAAGAUCAAUAAUUCAUGUAUACAGCAAACACACACACACGUGUGUGUUUAUCUAUAUAUAUAGUGGAUAUAUAUAUAUAUAUAUAUACUGUAUAUAUGUAUGUAGUGGAUCAAAACCUUUCAUCAAAGUUGUCCUAAAACCAAAACAAUACCCAUUCUUGUCUUAGGACAACUAUAGAUAUAUAUAUAUAGAUAGAUAGAUAGAUAGAUAGAUAGAUAGAUAGAUAGAUAGAUAGACCGACAGAUAUGUGUAUAUAUACAUAUCUGUAGUUAUCAGAAAAGUUUGUUUGCAGUUCAUGCUGCUAAAGGUGGCACAAACAGAUUUUAAGUUUAAAGGGGCAAUUAGUUUCAGAUGGGUGAUAGGAGUUGGAGAACUUUUUUUUAAAUUUUUUACAUUUUAAAAUUUUUGU